AUGGCGUCUCCGACUUCCGUGCGCGUGUAUGUGGGCGGUUUGCCAGUGGACAUCAAGACAAAAGAACUGUAUGAUCGAUUUGGUACCUUUGUUGCUAGCGCAAUGGACUGUCAAUUGACGCACGUGGAGGUACCGAAUCCAAAAACACGUGAAAAUUCCGUGGUGCCAAGCGAAAGUUGUCGCGGAUUCGCGUAUCUGACGCUCCAGGGUGCAGACGCUGCAAUACAGAGCGAGGCAUUACGAAAGACAUAUAACCGAACAAAAUGGAGAGGAACGGUGUUAAAGGUGCAAGUGGCUAAGCCUCAUUUCAAGCUGAAACUGAAGCAGGAAAAGGAGAAGCGAGAACUUGAGGAAAAGGAACGAGAAGUGAAGAGACAAGAGAUGCAGAGGAUGCAGAUUCAUCCACCUUGUAAAGAAGUAGAGCCUAUGAAGGUGACGGUCACAUUUCAAGGAAGGAAAACGACCAAGUUUUCAGACAUGGACGAGGUGGAUCAUGUGGUGAAGGAGGAGGAAGUGAAGGUUGAGACAGACACGGAGAGUGAGGUCGACGUCGUUGAGAGUGAGAGUGAGGACAAAGUGGUACAGGAAAAGACUCUUGGAGAGGAUGAUGGUGCUGAGAGUGGGAGUGAGGACGAAGAGGUAAAGGAGGAGGUUCUUGGAGAGGAUGACGUCGAAGCCUUUGUGAGAAAAAUGGAGGAGGAAGCUACUGAGAUGAUGCAGGACGAAAAAACAAAGGUGCUGAGUCGAGAGGAAAUGAAUGCACGACGUCUAGCGGCGUUGGAAGCUAAGCAGAAGCGAAAGAAGCAGGAGAAGAUAGUGAUUCCAGCUAUUGGAGAGGCUGUGGGCAAUAAGAAGAUCACAUUUGAUGAUAGUGGCAACGAGCAGGAGUCGGAGAAACAGGAGGAAGAAGAUACUGGGGUGGUUUCGAACUGGAUGGACUCGAGCGACGAUGAAGCGGACCGGGUUGAUCGUGGAGCGCAUAAGACGUUCGACUUUACGGACGGUGAUGAUACUGAAACUAUUGCUGCUGAUGCGGAAGCCCAGGCUGCAUUCGCACUGCGACCCGAGUUCGUUGGUGAGAAGGGUAAGAAGCUGUUUGAGAUGCAGAAACGCUUCGGAGGCGACUCGCGUUUCCGUCUGGAUGCGCGCUUUUUGGAAGAAGAAGCCAACGAAUACGGCGGAAAUGACGUGGGAGAUGACGACCAGCAAGUCGAUGAGAAGGCCGUUGCUGAGCUGCAGAACUUUCUAGAGGAAGAAGAUUCGCAAGAAGCUGCUCGUCAUGCACGUGAGAUGCGCGAAGAAGAGGAGGUCGCUUUACGGGUAGUGUCGAAACUAUUCCCUGAUGUAGAUGUAACACGCUUGCAGCGACGAAUGCAAGAGCAGCGGGCACCUAAGGAUCCGCUAAAGGAAGCAGCUUGGAUGGGUGAACUGAAGCGAUAUAACCCGCGCGACGCUCAUGCAUGCCGCGAGUUUGAGAUCCCGAUGACGAUUGUUUCAUCUGACGCUCAGGAAGAUGAAGCAAUGACUGCCUUGCCCAAGCGAAAGGAAAAGGAGAUUCUGACGGGCGGUGACCGAUUUUUUUCUAUAGCCGGCGAUCUCAGCAACCUUUUUUCGCGUGUUCGUAAGAAUUCGGAGGACGGCGAGGAAGGUGAAGCAGCACUUGAUGGUGUGUUUGGGAUUGGUACAGCUACCACUGAGACUGGAAGUGACGCUCCUUUCAAGUUGAGCUCUUUGUUUUCCUUUCCGGUUGGAGAGAACAAACCGCUGGUGGCAAUGGGCGAGCAGCUACUUGAAGAUGAACAAGAGGAGAGAGGACCAAGUGCAGGAGACUGGACCUUCUCUCAAGGUUUUCACCCGACAGAUGACAUGAUGGACGAAGGAAUGGCCACAGAUAGUGAAGCUGGUGAUGACGCUGGCGAUGAAGUGCAGACGAAGGCUGCGCUGACUAAGAAGCGUGCCAAAAAGAGUCUCGAGGAGUUUUUAGCAUUUGGUAGAACGUUUGUCGACGGCAAAGAGGUUGCAGACUGGCCUGAGCGCCGGAAGAAGCUCACACUUGAUUACAAGCGCAAGCGGCGCGAUGCCGUCAAGAUGAAGAAGCGUCAGAACAAGCAACAGAACAAAGCCAACAAGACAAAGACAGAUGCCACUGCCCCAGGGACAGCGACACUAAGGUGGAAGAAAACCAGGCUCUAA